AUGGCUUCUGGUGUAAAAUGUUCCGAUGAUUGCAUAUCUAGAUUCAAUGACUUGAAGCUUAGGAAAGAUUGCCGAUAUAUUAUUUACAAAAUUGAAGGCACAAAGGAAAUUGUUGUCUCUGAAGUUUGCGACAGAGAAUGCGAUUUCGAGCAUUUCAAGCAAAGGCUACUUAGGGAUAAUUGUCCAUGCUAUGCUGCUCUUGACUUUGAACCUGAAAAAAAUAACUCGAGUUUGGUACUUGUUUCAUGGAUUCCUGAUUCGGCUGUAGUUAAAGAAAGAAUGUUAUACGCAUCUUCCCUCGAUGCUUUAAAGUCAAAGCUCGUUGGAUGCAAGGCAGUCUUACAAUUGAAUGACGCUGGUGAUUUAACUGAAAGUUAUUUCUGUGAAAACAUUCCAGGUUCCAAGAAGGUCUAA